UUCCUCACGGGAGUUGCUCGGAAGAUGGUUUCGUAGCACGCUCAACGCUACUAGUCGACUCAUUGUUGGGGACAUCGCGCCUUCUCUUCCUGCGUCGCGCACAGCUGUUGGCUCGAGUUGUGUCGUUUCUCAGAACAUCUACGGAGAACCAUUCAAAGAUGCUGACUCUUCGUAGAUGGACCAUGUUGAGUGCUCGCUGGAUCGUGGUCGUGUACGCUGCUCUACUGAGCGGGCUGCGGUCGCAGGAGCUGGUUGAUGGCUCUGGGAGCGUGCCCACGGAACUGUAUGAUGCCGUCGACGUCAUCACCGCUGGCGCCGCCAACGGCUCAGACAGGGCCGCGCUCGCCCACGACGCAAGCCACCAUCGUCCGGUGGUGUUCGUGGGCGACGGCAGCCACGUGUCGGGCCCGCACGUGCGGUCUCGGCCGCUGAGGCCCCUCGCCGUCGACGACCUGGACUGGCGGCUCCACGACGACGUCUGGGACCGCGAGUACCGCCGCCACCACCAUAACGCCACCAGGGUGCACCAUAUUGAAGCAGAGUGCCAAGACGAAUACAUGAAAAUUCGAAUUGGUUUCAAUGGAUCAUUCCAUGGACUUCUUUACUCUUCCGGUUAUGCAGAUGACAGGGAUUGUGUUUACAUAAAUGGUACUGGCAGAGAUUAUUAUGAAUUCUACAUUCAGCUUAAUCGAUGUGGUACCCUUGGAAAGAAUUCACAUCAUGAAGAUAGUCGAAAAAUACCUACUAAAAACUUCAUGUGGAAUACUGUAACUGUUCAGUACAACCCUCUUAUUGAAGAAGAAUGGGAUGAGCAUUUCAAAGUUACUUGUGAAUAUGGCUAUGACUUCUGGAAAACUGUCACAUUCCCCUUUCUUGAUGUCGAGGUUGCAACGGGAAACCCUGUGGUAUUCACACUGUCACCACCAGAAUGUUACAUGGAAAUACGCUAUGGUUAUGGUACUACUGGUAACCGUGUGUCAGGGCCUGUUAGAGUUGGUGACCCUCUUACUCUCAUUAUCUACAUGCGUACGAAGUAUGAUGGUUUUGACAUUGUUGUAAAUGACUGUUUUGCACACAAUGGAGGAACUAAACGGAUACAACUGAUUGAUCAGUAUGGGUGUCCUGUGGAUGAAAAACUUAUUAGCAGAUUUCGAGGAGCAUGGAGUGAAACUGGAGUAUUUGAAACACAAGUUUUUGCAUACAUGAAAACUUUUCGUUUCACGGGGUCACCAGCACUGUACAUCGAGUGUGAUGUGAGAAUGUGCCAUGGACGCUGUCCGAGUCAACCUUGCCAUUGGAGAAAUACAAAGUCAGUCAGUAAGCGUGCAGUACCUGAAAAUCCUGCUGCUCAGUCAGAGAAUAUAAACCUCUUCCAGUCACUUCGAGUACUGCAGGAUGAUGAAAUCAGUGAAAAUAGUCCAUUAAAUGGUACUGUAUCUGACCAAAAUAAAGUUUGUCUGAAGACUGGAGCCUUCACAACAUUAUUAGGGGUUGGCUGCACGUUCCUGAGCCUGCUAAGUUUAAGUGUUGUCCUCUUAUGCCAUCGAGUGCGACGCCUUAAUAAGGAUCGUGAUGUGAUGCUUGACAAAAGUUUACCAUCUUUUGAACAUAAAACAUUUGUAACCCACAAAGGCCGGAUAAACUGAUCAGAGACAUUGAUCUUCAUCCUGUGACAUAUGAAUAAGUGUAUGCUGCUGUCUGAGUCUAGUUCCUUACAUCACACGUUUCUCACUUUUUCAUCAUUUGGCAUAACUUAAACGUGUAUUUCAUUCCAUGAUUAUUUUAACGGAAUGUGAAAACAGACUGGCAGCAAAUACAAACAAUGAAGCAGAAGGGAAUUAGUUUAAAUUCUCUGGUUUCCAGUCUGUCAUGUCCAGUCAUACGGCAAUAGGAAUGUUCACAGUGAGGAAAUAGCAGUGUUAUAAUUUGCGAAACAAUGAAUUUUUUGUUAUUAUGGGAAAGAUUUUUGUGACUCCUUCACUGAAAUUUAUCUUUGGGUACAAACAGAUCCUAUCUAUAUCUAUAUCUAUACCUUGUUACUGAAGAUGUGUCUAGAAAUGUUUGUUUAGUGGCUCACAACUUAUGUAAAAAAAAAAAAAACCUGCCUUCUUCUUAUUUAUAGUGGAGGUUAUUGUUACUGCCUGUAUUGGAGGCAUGGGUUUACACUUCCUGGGGGCAAAGAAAACAUUAAAACCUACCUGGAGGGGAUAACAAGGCUUAAGGGCUAAUUGGGUUGAAGAAACAUGUUGAAUUUACUUCUGUUCACAAAAUAUGAAAUGUUAACGCUGCUAUAUAUGGUGUCAUGGCUGUAUUUUGUGGCUUGAAACAGUUUCUCACUGUUUCACUGCUACACUGGGCAAUAGUUUGACCUUUUUAUAACAAGGCUUUCAUUUCAUCUAUUAGCUCAAAAAUUUCUGUUCUGCAUGCAUCUUUCACCCUCACAUGUUUUACACAAAGCAUAAAUGUAGGAGUCACAUAAUGUCAUGAAGGUUUAUCAAAGCUGAAUUUACAUUUUACUGUAAUUGCUGAAAUUUGCAUUCUUGAAUUAGAAUAUUCUUAUUGCAACCUAAUAUCAAGGCAAAUGAAAAUGAAUUUUCUAUUCGUGUAUGCUCAAUGUAUGUUGGAGACAACAUGAACAUAAGUUUUAAAAAUUUCUCUGUAUCUGUAGGGAUUUUUGUGUGAUAAUAAAACAACAAAUUUUAA